CCUGGAUCGGUUGGUUUACAUAAUCUUGGUAACUCGUGCUUUCUCAACGCAACCAUACAAUGUCUGAACCACAUUGAACCACUAACGCAGUACUUUUUGCAAGGAAAAUACUUGGAUGAACUAAACCGAAAUAACCCUCUGGGUAGUGGCGGUAACGUCGCCAUGUCGUACGCAUCGCUUUUGAAAAAGAUGUGGGGUGGAGAAUAUUCUACAUUGGUUCCACGGCUCUUGAAGCAAACCGUCGCGUCGUUUGCUCCUCAGUUUGACAACUGCUAUCAGCAUGACAGUCAAGAAUUCGGUCAGUUCCUAAUGGAUGGCUUGCACGAGGAUCUGAAUCGUGUGCAAACGAAGCCUUAUGUGGAAGAGUUAGAGGGGCUUGGGAUGCCAGACGACCAAGCAGCAAUCGAGUCUUGGCGCAAGCACCUACUUCGGCACGACAGUAUCAUAGUGGACCAUUGUCAGGGCAUGCACCGAAGCCAUUUGACUUGCCCAAGGUGUGGUCGCGAGUCAAUAAAAUUUGACAUUUUUUCAUCUAUUUCGGUUCCUUUGGCGUGUACCAAACAGAAAUCAGCGAUACAAUUGCAAGAUUGUCUCGAAAAAUUUAUGGAAGGCGAACAACUUGACGAAAGGAAUGCGUGGUACUGUCCAAAGUGUAGACAACAUGUGUGUGCUUUGAAGAUGAUUGCUCUCUGGACCAUACCAGAUAUUCUCAUUAUUCAUUUGAAACGCUUCACGUUUGACACUUGCAUGGCUUCUGGACAUAUGCUCCGCUCAAAAGUGGACGACAAAGUCGAAUUUCCCAUCGAAGGUCUUGAUCUGACAAAAUACAUACUUGGACCCGUUGAUCCAGAUGCACCGCCUGUAUAUCGCCUUUUCGGGGUGUCAGAACAUACGGGACCGACCGCCAACUCUGGCCAUUACACCGCCACUGUGCGAAAUUCUAUUGACGGUCAGUGGUAUAGGUGUAAUGAUUCUCAUGUGGGCCGAACGUCAGGUGAAGCGUCAAUAACGGGUGGUGCGUACGUCUUAUUCUACCAGCGA